UUGUCGGUUAAACGUGAGGAGACAAGGGAGCGCGCGGGUGGCGGGUGGCGGGUGGCGGGUAGCGGGGCCGGUGGGGUCGCGCGUUCGUGCGAGGAGCGAAGCAACGGUCGCGUGUGCGGAGCGCGAGAACGUCGCCGGCUGAAUGAGGUGGCCGGCUGGCAAGAGGCGGCGGACGGCAACCGGUGGCGGCCGGCGGCCGGCGGCCGGCGUGGACGAGGGCGCGUGGGCGAGGGACGGGUGCUCACUGCUCCCGUGUUACAUCCUCCACGAACAACGCUAGGGGAAUCGACGCAGCAUGCGACCUCCUCCGGGACACUCGCUCCGAUCACUCGUAUUGAAGCAGCUGGCGGACGUCCUGGGACCAAGGGCGAGGGGCGAGCAGGCGAGGGGUGCGGGGGGAAGGGUAGACCACGCAGACAACUUGACAAGUCAGAGGCAGGAAACGGCCGGAGAAGGCAUCCCAGCUCGAGCACAAUGAGGCGACGGCGCGCCACAGGGGGAGCCCUCGCAAUCGAUAUGGCGUCGCUAAGGUCCGUUGGCCGCUGCGAACGGUUUGGAGCGCUGCAGAGGCGGAUGGCCCCCCUCGCGCGCCGCUCGCCCCUCGCUUACCACACCUGCUGUGUAUUUAUAGAGCGGCAAGGGCCAAGCGCCCGGGGAUGCAGAGAUGCCGGCUCAACCACCGCUUCGUACUUAAAAUGUGUUACUUAA